AGCAAUAUUGAUAGCAAUUAAAUUCAGACGGCAGGUAUGAUGUUACAUCCUGCAGCAGGGACCAACAACAUUUGUCUUGUUACUGAUUCAUACAAGGUUACACACUAUCGUCAGUACCCUCCGAAUACUACACUAGUAUAUUCGUACUUUGAGAGCAGAGGUGGGAAAUAUCCAACAACAACAUUCUUUGGUCUGCAAUAUUUGUUAAAACGUUUCCUAACAGGUCAGGUCGUAACAAAAGAGAAAAUAGAAGAAGCUAAGGAUAUAUGUAACAGUCAUUUUGGUCUCGAUAUAUUUAAUGAAGAAGGAUGGAAUUAUAUUUUAGAGAAACAUAAUGGUUAUCUCCCUUUGUUAAUAAAAGCUGUGCCAGAAGGACUAAAUAUACAAACCAAAAAUGUGUUGUUUACUGUGGAAAAUACAGAUCCAAAUUGUUUUUGGUUAACUAAUUAUUUUGAGUCAUACUUAGUUCAAGCAUGGUAUCCCAUGACCGUAGCAACAAGUUCUCUAUAUCAAAAAGAUCUGAUUACUAAAUACAUGAGAGAAACCGCUGAUAACCUAGAUGGCUUACCAUUUAAAUUAUCGGACUUCGGCUUCAGAGGAUCAUCCUCAUUCGAGACAGCUGGUAUUGGAGGCUGUGCACAUUUGGUGCAUUUCCUAGGGUCUGAUACACUUUGUGCUUUGAUGACAGCAAGAAUCUACUAUGGGUGUGACAUGGCGGGGUUUUCUGUACCUGCUGCAGAGCACAGUACAAUAACAACAUGGGGAAAAGAUGGCGAAACAGAUGCGUUUAGGAAUAUGUUAAAACAAUUCCCAGAAGGGAUAGUAUCGUGUGUUGGUGACAGUUAUGAUAUGUGGAGAGUUUGUGACAAAGUUUGGGGACAGGAACUAAAAGAUCUAGUAGAAGCAAGAGAGGAAGGGACAUUAGUGGUUCGUCCUGAUAGUGGUUAUCCUCCAGAUGUUGUUGUAAAGGUGUUGGAUAUUUUAGGGAAAUAUUACAAUACAACAAUAAAUACAAAGGGAUUCAAACUAUUACCUCCAUAUUUAAGAGUCAUUCAAGCAGAUGGGGUCAGCUAUGAAACAUUAGGUGCAGUUUUAGAAAACAUGAAGAAAAAUAGAUGGAGCGCAGACAACGUAGUGUUUGGGAGUGGUGGUGCUCUCUUGCAACAAGUAGACAGGGAUACUCAGAAAUGUGCUUUCAAAUGUAGUUUUGCUGUUGUAAAUGGAGAAGAGAGAAAUGUUUUCAAAAAUCCAGUUGAUGAUACUGGUAAAACGAGUAAAAAGGGUCGUCUUACUCUUAAAUAUGAAAAUGGAAAAUAUAAAACAAUAGAAGAAGGUAAAGGCGACAUUAGCAAGGACAUUCUUGUUCCAGUUUUUAAAAAUGGUGUUAUUUUGAAAGAUUACACUUUAGACGAAAUCCGGAAGAAUGCUGUGCUAUAACUUAGUCCUCCUGGAUAGAUUGUUUAUGAUAUAUUUUGUUUGUCUUUACAUUAUUUACUUUAGAAAAUGAAAUGCUUUGCGUAUAUUUCUUCUAAUUUAAAUGUACGUCUUUGUUUUUGAUAAAUAUUUAACAGAUUAACGCUUAAUUAAGGCAACAGAAGUAUACUGCUGUUCAAAAGUCAUAAAUCGAUUAAGAGAAAACAAAUCCGGGUUGGAAACUAAAACCGAGGGAAACACAUCAACUAUAAGAGGAAAACAUCGGAACUGCAACAAAAACAAACGCCAACAUACACAGAAACGGAUUAUCUGAUAACAACUGCCAUAUUCCUGACUUGAUACAGGACAUUUGAAGAAAAAAUGGUGGGUUGAACCUGGUUUUA